AGACGGUAAAACUUUUUAAAGGUCCGUUAUCUGCCGCACGAGGAACCGACAAACCACCGACUUAACGCAUUCACACCGUUUACGGAUAUAGUUCUUAACCCUCUUUGUGACUUUACUGGUGACGGUAAACAACCAGCACGUGCUUGCGGUUUUUGGCCAAAACAAAACAAAGGCCUGUUUUUUCUCUCCCCACAUUAGAGAUGAGACGCCGUUAAGACAAAUCACACCUCACAAUCUCAAACUUACCGUGAACACGGAUUUAACCUUAACGUUAACGGACUAUCAGUGGAUUUCAGUCAUUUUAAACGGAUUUAACGAAGAUUUCAACGUUUUAUCCGACACGUUUCACAAGUUUACCACAGCAGGCUCGUGACCAAAGCAACAUGUUGCAGUGGCUGAGUGAUGUGUUCUGGCAGGAACGUCUCUGGUUUCCUGAAGGAUUAGGCUGGGCGGAUAUCGAGGACCGAGACGGGCGUGUCUACGCGAAAGCACGAGACUUGUGGGUGGCUCUGCCCAUCGCGUUUCUGUUCCUCAUACUUCGUCAGAUCUUUGAAAGGACAAUUGGUACAUAUCUGGCCUCGUUGCUGGAAAUCAAGGAAUCCAAAAGAAGAAAUGCAGCUCACAAUCCAAUACUUGAGUCAUACUACUGUCACACUAGCAAAUACCCAACACAGAAGUCCUUAGCUGAGUUGUGUAGGCAAAGCGCCUGUACAGAGAAGCAGCUGCUGCGUUGGUUCAGACGCAGAAGAAACCAAGACAGACCCAUCCUGAUCAAGAAGUUCAGAGAGGCCAGUUGGAGGUUUGCAAUUUAUCUCUUUGCGUUUGUCGGUGGCUUGGGUGCUCUCAUUGACAAACCAUGGCUGUAUGACCUGGAAGAGAUGUGGAAGGGAUUCCCAACUCUGACUGUCUUACCCUCACAGUAUUGGUACUACAUGCUGGAGUUGGGAUUUUAUGUCUCGCUCCUCCUCAGCGUGGCUUCAGACGUCAGACGCAAAGACUUUAAAGAGCAGAUCAUCCACCAUGUUGCCACCAUCACACUGAUAAGUUUCUCUUGGUGUAUGAACUACAUCCGUGCAGGAACGCUGGUCAUGUUUCUGCAUGAUUCUUCUGACUACUUACUGGAGUCAGCAAAGAUGUUUAAUUAUGCAGGAUGGAGGAAGAUGUGUAACUACAUCUUCAUUGUAUUUGCUGCAUUCUUCAUUAUCACCAGACUCAUCAUCUUCCCAUUCCGGAUCCUGUACUGUACGUGGGUAUAUCCUCUGACGCUUUACCCUCCGUUCUUCGGAUAUUACUUUUUUAACGGGCUUCUGCUGGUGCUGCAGUGUUUACACAUAUUCUGGGCCGUUCUCAUCAUCCGCAUGGCACUGCGCUUCCUGCCCCACAACGAGAUCGUGGAAGACGAGAGGAGCGACAGAGACGAGACAGACGACUCUGAGGAGGACGAGAAGAGGAUCAGCGAAGUAAAGAAGCAUAGAGCGUUACAGAAUGGCUACAUCACACACAAUAACAACCACCGUAAAAUGCAAUGAUGGAGAAACACACACACACACACACAUUGCCCUGUGAGUAUGCUACUCUGCUACAGACACUGCUAACUGGAUUUGCUGAACAUGUCAUGAGGUCACAUGACCACCAUUUUGGUGCUUCCUUUCCUUCUUCUUAAACAAAGCACUCCUUUUAAACAAACACUUGAAGUCUCAUUAGCCUAGGAAGCUAAUUAAACUAGUUUGCUCGAUCAGGACUAUUUAUUUGAGUUGCGUUAGGAAGACAUUCACACCUAAUAAAUCCAAGUCGAUGACAAGACACUAAUUUUCAGGGAAUUUGUGACUUUUUCGGUAGUCACCUAGCUAGGAAUCUAAUACGGAAUUAGUGCACUACUGUAUGCCAAACGAUACCAAAGUGCCAGAAGGAAAGCUAGCUGGGGGGAGAGAGAGAGAAAGAGAGAGAAGAGAGAGGAGAAUGAACGGCAGAAUGGUCUUUAGUUUACUGAAUCAUGUGCCUUAUUUGUCCCUUCUGUCCUCAUCCCGCUUGUGUAUGUGGAUAAAUAAUAUAUAUUGCAGACUGUACACCAUGUGUGUAGCGAAGCAGUACAUCUGGGACAUGUCCUUUAGCAGCUUUUUUUUUUCUUUUUCUGUUUCUGUGACACGAACAGAAAUGUACAAACGCCAGCCGCAUCCCAAACCCCGUGUAACCAACACGAUACAACAGAAAAGGGACCAAACAUCAGAUGUAUCCCCACCUUACUGAACAGUAUGCUCAACAUUUAAAGGAAUAAUUAUAUGGAGACUGGCUUUGUUUCAAAUCACAUACUUGUAUACUACAUAGUAUGAUCUGAAGGGGGGGGGGGGGGAUUGACCGUAUUCCAAAGUGCAAAUUUAGUAAAUAAUGUCCAAAUCUAACUGGCUGUGUCCCAAAAUUAACUGAAAGCAAAUGAGGCAGAAUCUCAAAUUGCAUACUACCAAAGAAAGUAGUGUGCUUAACCUUAUUUGGUCGUUUCUCCUUCACUUCCACUUCUCCCCCUUCUCUCUCUCGCUGUUUUUUUUUUUAUCCCUGUAUUUUGAAUUACUGCUGCAUCCUCACUGCCAAACCUAACUACAGUGUUAUUUUUUUAUUGUUCAGUUCAUUGAGCUGAAAUGUUUUUUGAUGAUGAUGAUGAUGAUAACGACAGAAGAGAUAAUAAACCAGUGAUAUUCACA